GUAGAUUUCGCCGCUGUUUAUUUCACGCUCGCUUUCACUCGCAAAAAGUAAACAUUCGAUCAUGAAUCGCCGUGGGAUCUCGCUGCUGUUUCUCGUUUACCUGUUCGUAAACGAACUGAUUGCAGGUGGUUCGGCCGAAGGUGGAGCGUCCUCGGACAUCAUCAAUGGAAGAAACGUAUCCAGUCCGCUCGUCAGACCGUUCCAAGUAUCGCUGCAAAUAUUCGAGAAACACUUCUGCGGCGGCGCCAUCCUCAAUCCGUCCUGGAUCGUCACAGCGGCUCAUUGCACUUAUCGCUUCUCCGAUCCCAGCAUCGUCAAAGUCAUCGCGGGCACCAUCUACUACAAGAAGCCCGGCGAGAAGCGAACCGCCAGCCGGAUCGUCGUCCACGAGGAUUACGAUCACGCCAAGCAUCGCAAUGACAUAUCUCUCAUCAAGGUCGAAUCGCCGUUCAAGAUCAACGCCAAGCAAUCGCCGAUACCGCUGCCGGCGCCACACGAGAGGGUCGCCGCCAAUCGACGCGCCGAGCUCUCGGGCUGGGGCAAUCUCUACGUGCACGGACCGACGCCCGACAGAUUGCAAAUCGUCGAUCUGUACACUGUGAACCAGCGGGCAUGCGUCGCGAGCUACGAGAAGCAUCAGAUAAGCGUCUACGAGACCAAUCUGUGCGCCAUCAAUAACAGAACUUCGGAGAGACGCGGACAGUGCAACGGCGACUCGGGCGGUCCUCUCACCCUCGACGGCAAGCUCAUCGGCGUCGUGUCCUGGUCGAUCAAGGACCCGGACUGCGGCAGCAUGAAGUACCCCGCGGUGUACACCCGCGUCUCCGAGUACAUCGACUGGAUUCGCAAGGGCACCACUGGUGGUAGUGGUGGGCUAAGGACCGGUGAACAACAAUAGAUAUUCAUUCGGAUAAUAAAAAGAUACAUUUAAAUGAUCGAUGUGACAUAUAGUUGUAAUUUUUAAUUUAUUUUGUAAAUCGGUUAAUCAUUCAUUUGUAUUUCCUAUGUAACGUUUGUGUAUCGAAACACGAUGAAAUCUCUCAGCAGUA